AUGCAAGCAACCCGCCAACCAUCCCAGAUCCACUGGUCCGCGUUCCCGAACACCGCGCCCUCGUCGACGAAUGAGCUAUGGCCACCGCCUCACACCACCACCACAGUAACGAUGAGUAGCGGCAGCGACAGUUCAUCCGGCGACGAGACGCAGACGCGUAACUAUUCCGGGGCAUCGUCGACGGAGUGGGCGACCACGGCUUCUGCUCAGAGCUGGAGGGACUCUGCCUUCACUUCGCCAUCCCAGGACAACACUCUAGUCGAGCCGGCGUCUGGAGUCAUGACGGUGGGAAAGAAGCACGAGUCGCAGACCACGCGCUCUCUCCGCCGGUUUGUGGAGCAGGAGAUUGGACUCGGCGCCAUCCGCGUCGCCGGAGGAGAAGAAGAAGAAGAAGAAGAAGAGGAGAACGAGGAGAUGCAGAUGCCGGUGCUGGAUUAUGCGAAGUGGGAGGGCGAUGCACUGGUUAGGGGCAAGAGGUUGAGGCCGAGGGGUGUGUAUCGGAGCGUGAGUGAUAUUCAGUCGAAGAAGGCGGAGGUGUUGGUCGUUCGCAGAAGCGAAUCGCUGCGCGAGAAGCUGCGGAGGCUUUUGUGUGCUGGUGGGUUGAAGGAGUGGAAGAUCGGGGUGGAGAAGUUGGGACGUGGUGUAAGGAGGAUGCGCGAGGGUGUGGUGAAGCGGCUCUGA